AUGCAAAGAAGAGUAGUAGAACUUACAAAUAUUUUACUAGAAUGUAAUAUAAAAGAUCUUCAAAUAUUUUUCCCUUAUUUAGUUGAACAUAUAUUUGGAAUAAAUCCUCCCUAUGGAAGUGGUUGGAAUUUGUUGAAAACUUUCAGAAGGCAAAAUCCGAGCGAUUUUGAAGCUCUUUUUAAAUUUUUACAUCCAUUUGGGCCAUUUUUUGACAUUAUAUAUAAACUUCUUAUUGAUGUUUAUUUAAAAUUUGAAUAUCCCCUAACACUCUUACCCUCCAAAUUGAAACAUGUCAUAUUAGAAGGAUCAGUUUCUCAAUUUUACAUUGAUAAAUUACACAUUGAUCCAAAUUUAAGAGAACCCACAGGAUUAUUAUUGAAUGCAUUUGAAUUUUAUUUAUUUCAUUUUACUUAUCAUUUAAUUCAUUCUUGGCAGCCAUUAUGUGAUCCUGAUAUAAUUGAAGACCAUGAGACUGUUUACCUACAUUUAAGUGACCAAUACUUGCAGCAUUUUUUGCCUAUUGAAACAUCAGUUGUACUUCCGAUAGUGCCUGUGCAUCAGACAAUACAGUUACCAAGAUCACCUCCUCCAUCUCAGGUUCAACCGCCUAAAACAUCAAAGUUAUUCAAAAAUUCUGUUGUUAAAAUUGGAUCGACUAGUUUGUCUCCGACUACAGUAACUCAAUCUAAUGCAGAAAUUUGGAGAAGUGAAGCUUUUUUACAAAUAAUUAUAAAUUUCUGGCUCACAGAUAUCAAAACCUUCGGUGACAUUUUACCAAAGGAAGAUCAUCUGCGUGUCGUCAGAAACAUGAUAAAACACAUUCAUUAUUUUGUCAAUAACGUUCAUAAUGAUGGAAGUGCCAUGGAUGAACUUAGAAGAACGAUAACAAGUUUAUGUCGGAGGCCUUUGUAUACAUUUUUAAGGAGGCACAUAAAUCAUUGGCCCCUCGAUUCUUCUUUCAUUUUAAUUUUGGAAACUUAUCUUAGUUUUAUACAACCUUGGCGUUACGUUAAAUACAAUGCCAGCGCAACCGGAGAAUCGAACGCCAUCGACCACAGAUGGUAUAAUUUCAUAGUCGAAAGUUUUCCCGCAUACACAAUCAUAAUGAGAGAAAUAAUCCCGAGAUUUUCAAGAAUGGAUCUCACGUGUCCCAAACACGCUCACAUGUUGUUCAGAUUAUCCAAAGUUUUAUCCCAACCCGAUUUGGCACCCAUACUCAGAGAUAUUGAAAAACAUUUCGAUGAUUUUACGACAACGGGAAUGGAUCAUUCGGCGGACACUUCCGUCGGAAAAAUACAAGAAUUGGAAUCGUCAAAUUUUCAAUACAAAACUCUUUUCGGAAAAGAAUUUCAGGAUCAGGUUCACGAAUUCGUAUUGUCGAUACAGCAAUCGUUGAAUUUGGUCAAUUAUUUACUGAAUUCGGCACUGGCUCAAAGACAACUGAGAAGGAAAAACAUAUUGUUGAGAAUACAAGAUUUUUUAUUUCAGUGUCCUUUCGGUGAUGAUUACACGGUCGACGAAAGGCAAAAAACCGUUUCUUAUCUAGAACAUUCGAUAACGUUUUUAACUCAGGUAUUCGAUUUGCCGCCGCUUCAAUUUCCGGUCAACAAUCGGAGCAAAGCGGAUUUAUCGGGUUCUUCGAUAAAUUCAUCGUGUUCGCAACAAAUGAGAAUCGUCGAACCUACGAUAAUAAAUCCAAAAGACUGGCAAAAAAGAACAAAAUUUAUACGUUACGAAUCGAAUCCCGAUUUGGAACCCAUAAGAUCAACGGAAGUGACGUUUUUACUAAGAUUUUUCCAUCAUUUGAGCAUGAGAAUAAAUGAAAAGUACAAAAACGAAUUGAUUAAAAUGUGGGAAAGUCAAAAUUUUAUAGGUUGCGUGGCCAGACAAUUACUCGCUCCGCCUUGUAAAUAUUAUUAUUUUGAUAAAAGCAUACCUGGAAAUUUUGCUCCGAGAGUUUGUGACGAACUUCCGGCGAGAGUUUGCCUUAGAGCAUUGGCGAGUUAUCAAACAUUAAGUUACAUAUCAUUGUCUGGAGUUUUGGCUUAUUUCUACGGUUAUCCGAUUAUACCAUUUUAUUUUUUCGUUUUUCUUUUAUUCGUAUUUCUUAUACUGGUGAAAGCUUUCGUCGAAUGGUAUUCGAUGGGAAGGCGAAGCAACGAGACGAAUCCUCAACCUGAAUCGGAACGUUUCGUUCCUCUCGACGUUUCAUUCGUAGACUAG